AUGGCUCUCUAUCAAAAAACAUUUGAUCAAUUCGAAGCGAUACUAAAAUGUGACAUGAUCGAUAUAAAAAAACUCAAAGCUCUAGCAUUCAACGGUUGUCCAGACGAAAAUGGUAUUCGUAGUCUAACAUGGAAGAUAUUGCUCAGUUAUCUUGUGCUCGAUCGAACUAAAUGGGCAUUACAUUUAAGUAAACACCGUGAAUUAUAUCGUGGUUAUAUUCGAGAAACCAUAAUAAAGCCAGGGCUUACACCAUCAUCAGAAUCUGCUGUAGUCGAUCAUCCAUUAAAUUCUGCGCCGGAUAGUUCAUGGGCUGUGUAUUUUAAAGAAAAUGAAGUUUUAUUACAAAUUGAUAAAGAUGUUCGACGACUUUGUCCAGAUCUAUCGUUUUUUCAACGUGAAACGGAUUAUCCCUGUUCAGAAAUCUUAAAUCAAGAAGCUGGUUUUGAAAGUUUACGCAAACGCAUUGAAUCAACAUCACUUAAAGUUGAAAAUCGCGUGAAUAGUCGAUUAGAUUUACAAUAUCAAAAGAAAGCCAAUCAUUCGAAAACAACCUAUGACAUGAACGAAUAUCAAUGGCUGCCCGACGGACAUGAAGCACAUUGGGAAGUUGUUGAAAGAAUUUUAUUUAUUUUUUCAAAACUUAAUUCCGGACAAAGUUAUGUACAAGGAAUGAAUGAAAUCAUUGGGCCUAUCUAUUAUACAUUUGCAACAGAUCCAAAUCUAGAAUGGAGAGAACAUGCUGAAGCUGAUGCAUUUUAUUGUUUCACCAAUUUAAUGAUACAUAUUCGAGAUAAUUUUAUGAAAAUCUACGAUCAUUCUGAAUUCGGUAUACUCGUACGCAUGCAAAGGUUUCUCAUUUUAUUGAAGAAAACCGAUGAGAGUAUUCAUUAUUUAUUUGAAAAGCAAAAAUUAAAACCCGAAUUUUAUGCAUUCCGGUGGUUAACAUUAUUAUUAUCACAAGAAUUUCGUUUGCCAGAUGUUGUACGCAUUUGGGAUUCAUUAUUUGCUGAUCAAGAACGAAACUUUGAAUUUCUUCUCUAUAUAUGUUGUGGCAUGAUUGUUCUUCAACGAGAUCGUCUUUUAAAUGGAUCUGAAUCACAAAAUAUAAAAUUACUACAAAAUUAUCCACAAGAUAUUGAUGUCUAUCAAAUACUAGAAAAAGCUGUGGAACUCAAGCGACUUUAUGUUUUGUAA